CGGCGGAUGACAGCAAGCACGAGUCACGUGGUCAAGCCAACUCCAAUGGGCGGUGCCGCGGCGACCUGAAGUUCCCGGCUGCCCGUGCGGCGGCGGUGGUUGGGUGGUAAGAUGGCGGCUGUGAGUCUGCGGCUCGGCGACUUGGUGUGGGGGAAACUGGGCCGGUAUCCUCCCUGGCCGGGAAAGAUUGUUAAUCCACCCAAGGACUUAAAGAAACCACGAGGAAAGAAAUGCUUCUUUGUGAAGUUUUUUGGAACAGAAGAUCAUGCCUGGAUCAAAGUGGAACAGCUAAAGCCUUACCAUGCUCACAAGGAGGAGAUGAUAAAGAUCAACAAGGGUAAACGGUUCCAGCAAGCUGUGGAUGCUGUUGAAGAGUUUCUCAGAAGAGCCAAGGGGAAAGACCAGACAUCAUCCCACACUUCUGCUGAUGACAAGAAUCGGCGUAAUUCCAGUGAGGAGAGAAGUAGGCCAAACUCAGGUGAUGAGAAACGCAAGCUUAGCCUGUCUGAAGGGAAGGUGAAGAAGAACAUGGGAGAAGGAAAGAAGAGGGUGACUUCAGGCUCUGCAGACAGAGGUUCCAAAUGCCUUAAGAGAGCCCAAGAGCAAAGUCCCCGGAAGCGGGGUCGGCCCCCGAAGGACGAGAAGGACCUCACCAUCCCUGAGUCUAGCACUGUAAAGGGGAUGAUGGCUGGACCAAUGGCUGCAUUCAAAUGGCAGCCAGCCGCGAGCGAGCCCGUCAAAGAUGCAGAUCCUCAUUUCCAUCAUUUUCUGCUGAGCCAAACAGAGAAGCCAGCUGUCUGUUACCAGGCAAUCACAAAAAAGUUGAAAAUCUGUGAAGAGGAAACUGGUUCCACCUCCAUCCAGGCAGCAGACAGCACAGCCGUGAAUGGCAGCAUUACACCCACAGACAAAAAGAUAGGAUUUUUGGGCCUUGGCUUAAUGGGAAGUGGCAUCGUCUCCAACUUGCUAAAAAUGGGUCACACAGUGACUGUCUGGAACCGGACUGCAGAGAAAUGUGAUUUGUUCAUCCAGGAGGGGGCCCGCCUAGGAAGAACCCCCGCUGAAGUCGUUUCAACUUGUGACAUCACUUUUGCCUGUGUGUCGGAUCCAAAGGCAGCCAAGGACCUGGUGCUGGGCCCCAGUGGUGUGCUCCAAGGAAUCCGCCCCGGGAAGUGCUAUGUGGACAUGUCAACGGUGGAUGCGGAUACAGUCACCGAGCUGGCCCAGGUGAUUGUAUCUAGAGGAGGGCGCUUUCUGGAAGCCCCAGUCUCAGGGAAUCAGCAACUGUCCAAUGAUGGGAUGUUGGUGAUCUUAGCAGCCGGAGACAGGGGCUUGUAUGAGGACUGCAGCAGCUGCUUCCAGGCAAUGGGAAAGACCUCCUUCUUUUUAGGUGAAGUUGGCAAUGCAGCCAAGAUGAUGCUGAUUGUGAACAUGGUCCAAGGGAGCUUCAUGGCCACCAUUGCAGAAGGGCUGACGCUGGCCCAGGUGACAGGCCAGUCACAGCAGACACUCUUGGACAUCCUUAAUCAGGGACAAUUGGCCAGCAUCUUUCUGGACCAGAAGUGCCAAAAUAUCCUACAAGGAAACUUUAAACCUGACUUCUACCUGAAAUACAUUCAGAAGGAUCUCCGCCUGGCCAUUGCACUGGGUGAUGCAGUCAACCACCCCACUCCCAUGGCAGCUGCAGCCAAUGAGGUAUACAAAAGAGCCAAGGCACUGGACCAGUCUGACAAUGAUAUGUCUGCCGUGUACCGAGCCUACAUACACUAAGCCUUGCCUGCCCAUCUACCUUCCCAUCUUCCCUCUGACCUCCCUUCCCAGUGUGGGGUCAGGGUUCUGGGACUUAGCUCUGGACCAGUCACCUGUCUCCAUUUCCUUUUAUACAGACUUUGAGACUUGCAUCAGCAGAGUACACAGCAGCACCCUCCCUCCCUCAGGCCUUGGCCAGGGAUAAGAGGAUCUAUCUCUACUGGUGGCUGUGAAGAAGCUCUUGAGCUGGGCAUUGAUUGGCCCUGGAGCAGGAGGCUGUGUAUUCUCUCUGUUUUUCUGUGUUCUCUGUCUCUGUCACAUACACACACAGACAAACACACACCCAGGAUAGAAACUACCCAGAAACUGCUGCCUGGCUGUUCUUGCAAGCUUGUCUUAUCUCAGCCCCCUUCUGGUCAAGAGACUAGAGGGACUAGAAUUGACAGGGAGCACAGGAAGCCUUCUCUCAACUUCCCCAGGACAGAGACUGGCCCCCACUGGACCCCUGAAAGGAGAGGCCCCUCAGCCAUCAUGAACCAGCAGAUUCCCCAAGAAGGCUCUGUGGAUCUCCAGCUGAGGAGGAUUUUCCUGUAGACACUACCAUUACGCAGCAACUCGCAGAAUGUCUCUGUGAACUGAAGAGAGAUGCAGCAGCGUAGCCACAUAGACACCUCUUCAGGGGGAGCAGAGUCCGCAGUCUUCAGCUCCCUGGCUGUUGCCUCUAACUGGAGCCUGUUCCUCCCAGGAGGUUUUAUUUGGAUUUGCAUUCCAGCCCAUGGGAAGGGGUCUUAGGGCAUUGGGAGCAGUGGAGUGUGUGGGUGGCUCUUUCCUGUUUCCGUUAUGGCAGUCUCUUGAGCCUGGACUACCUGUUCAGCCUGCUCUACAGAGUCCCCUGCAUGCCCCUCUUCCCCUUUUCCUUCCAUGGAGAUAUUUCUGUCCCAUCCUCUUUUGACCCAGACCCAGCCUGAUCAACAUCAAUAAUGAGCAUUUCAUAGAUGAGCAUUUCAUAGGCUGGGCUUUUGACCAGGAACCUCACUUCUGCCAGUAUCAGUGGUUCCAAGUCCUGGGUUUUUUGGGACAGAUUUGAAGCAUUUCUCCUUGAAAGGGGGACCAGAGAGGCUUAGAAUGUCACAUGAGAGGAAUCACCUGAGGAAGCCUUCCUCCUCUUGAGUUUGGAUUUCCAAAGCCACGAUUUGACUUUUCUACCUGGGAUGAGGAUCUCAGGACAUGGGCAUGGAGCAGGGAAUGCUUAUGGAGUUCAGCACAGUUGCUCAUUCACUGGGAUGCUGAGCAAUUUCAGUCUGGACACAGCCUGUCUUGGUCCUGGGGGUUGGGGGUGGGGAAGAUGCUGUAAGGAAACCGGUUAGUCAAUGUUGUCUUAAUAUUGUUGACAAUUCUGUAAAGUUCCUUUUUAUGACUUUCUGUUUAAGCUAUUUCACCUUUCAUUUUGAAAUCCUUUCCUUUUAUGGAGAAAAUGUGACAUUGUGAAAAUGCUUGUAAGAAAGCCCCUACUCCCUCUUUUCCUUUAAAUGACAAAUCUAGGUAAUUAAGGUUGUGAAUUUUUAUUUUCACUUUGUUUUUAAUGAACAUUUGUCUUUCAGAAUAGGAUUGUGUGAUAAUGUUUAAAUGGCAAAAACAAAACACGAUUUUGUGCAAUUAACAAAGCUACUGCAAGAAAAAAAAUAAAACAUUUCUUGGUACCAUA